AUGAGGAUCACCUUAAUCAUCGCUGCGUCUGCAGGCUUGGCCGCAGCCCAGCUCAACUACAAUUCAACAACUGGGAAAUUCACUUGCGCUCAGCCAAACCAAGCGUACUGCGCAUCGGACUCGUUGAAGACCAACAUUAUUGUGAGGUGUAAUAAUGACGCGGUUGGGCAGCCGGGUAACUGCAACGACAAUCUUGACGGGGAGCCUCCAAUCGGCAAUGCCUACGGAUUGCACGCCUACCUACACAGCUUCCUCAUCCUCUGCGACGUCCACAGCUACUACGUUGACGCACAGCACGACAAGCUCGUCCUCUUCAGCUUCAGCCUCGUCUACGUCAGACCCCACAACUGGGCCAGCGAGCGGGACCGCGACCACCAUCGUCGGGACGGAUACCACGACCCGUCCACAGCUCCCACGUCCGCCGUUACGGCCACAACUCUCGUCCCGCCGCCUGCGCCUCCAUCUUCUUCAGGUGGUGCAAGCGGUCCCGGCUCACCUCCACCUGGCACUUCUGGCCCAGGGCCCGUGGUUACCCUCACUUCUACUUCUUCUGUGGCUGCGGUCUCAUCAACUUCUUUCCCAACUGCUGGUGCGGUGUCUAAUCACGUCGGUGUUGGGCUGGGUAUUAUGGGUUUGUUCGUCGGAGCUAUGCUCUGA